UGCAUUACAUUCGCGAAAUCGUCAGCCAGCCAUCUUUUAUAAGUACUUCCUCUGAAAUUUGGAAGGGAGCACAAAUCUCCAGGCUAAUUUUACAUGGCAACAGUAGCAGCACAACGUCUUCAAGUUAAUGCAGUGGUUAGACCUCUUGCUCAUUUUCCUCCGGACAUAUGGCAGAACCGCUUCGAUAACUUUACAAUCGAGGAUGAACUGAAGAUGGAAAUGUAUGCAAAAGAUACUGAAUCUUUAAAAAAGGAAGUGUUGUUGAUGCUACUGGAUGAUUCUACCGAUUUGGCAAAGAAGAUGAGUUUGAUUGAUGCAGUGCAACGUCUAGGGUUCUCCUACUACUAUGAGAAUGAAAUUAAUAACUUGCUGGAUCGGAUUUUCAAAGAAUUUGCCCAAGAUAAUUUCAAAAUGGACUAUGAUCUAUGUGAGACUGCGUCACAAUUUCGCAUAUUCAGACAAUAUGGAUACAAAAUGCCCAUUGAUGUAUUCAACAACUUCACCAAUGGAAAAGGCAAGUUUAAAGACACACUAAGGACUGAUGCAAAGGGAAUGUUGAGCUUGUAUGAAGCUACCCAUUUAAGGGUACAUGGUGAAGAUAUCCUAGAUGAAGCCCUUGUUUUCACCACCAAUUUCCUCAAUUCCAUUGCUAAAUUCUCUGAGCAAGCACGCUGCGCAUUGAAGCAGCCAUUGCAUCGUGGGAUUCAAAGGGUGCAGAUACGGCGUUUCAUUUCCUAUUAUGAGGAAGAUGAGUCUCGGAAUGAAAAGCUUCUACAACUUGCAAAGAUCGAAUUCAAUAGGUUGCAGCUGUUGCAUUGCCAAGAAUUGAGCAUAAUCCAAAAGUGGUGGAAAAGUUUUGAUUUCAAAAAGAAACUUCCGUAUGUAAGGCAAAGAAGCGUGGAGUCACACUUCUGGACCGUGGCUACGUACUAUGAGCCUCGUUACUCAUUUACUAGAAUACUGUACUCGAAGUUUUUCCUGGUUCUACUCGUAUUAGAUGAUACGUAUGACGCGUAUGGACUAUAUGAUGAACUCCUGCAACUUACGGACGCAUUUCAUAGGUGGGAUUUGAGUUUAGUGAAGCAGUUUCCUGAAGAAUAUAUGAAAAUCGCGUACGAGUUUGUCAUUAACACUUGCAACGAGUUUUCGGAGGAAAUGACAAGGAGAGGAAGACCACAUGCUGGUCAUUUUGCUAAGGAACAAGUGCUGAAAUUGGUAAGAAACUAUCUAAUCGAAGUAACGUGGGUCAAAACAAGAUAUGUACCGACGUAUGAGGAAUACAUGGUUAACGGGAGAGUCACAUCUGGUGUUCAAGUAUGUGUGACUGGCUCUUUGCUGGGAAUGGAUGAGAUUUCAGAAGAAAAACCAUAUGCACAGUUAAUGCAAGCUCCUAAGGCUGUUGAAGCUUGCGAGUAUAUAGUCCGACUCAUGGAUGACAUUGUUACUCGUGAGGCGGAGCUAACUAGAGGAUGCCGCCUUGCCACAAGUGUGGAAUGUUACAUGAAGGAUUACAAUAAGAGUUUAGAAGAAGUGAUACAAAUAUUCAAGAAAAAGAUGGAAGAUGCAUGGAAGGAUCUAGCUCAAGAGGGGCUAAUGAAAAACAAUCUCCCUGACGACAAUAAUAAUCACUUCUCCAAGCCUGUCUAUGAUCGGAUCCUUAACUAUGGACGUGUUCUGGACGCCAUGUACAAGGAUGCAGAUGGCUAUACUUUACCAGAAACCACAAUCAAGGAAGAUAUUAUUAUAACUUAUUCAAAACCCUUUUCUCUAUUAUCUAAAUCUUAAUUAUCCUCCAUACUCCAAAUAUGCAUCUUUCCUUCUAUUUUAUGAACUGAAUUCACCUUAGUAAUUUGUGUUAUCAGCGAGUUAAGCCAACCUGCUGGGCUGCUGCAUUGCUAGUCAAUGGAGUGGAGUUUUGUAUCAUAAUGUUUGUGUAGGUGAUGCAAGUCAAUGUUAUUUAUAUGCUUUAUUAAGACCGUUGCAUGGUUUUACUUUACUCUUAAAGUGAAGGUUUUACAUGUAACUAAAUAUAUGUCUUAGUUAAAGUACUUGAGUUGUUUAGUUUAAUAAUGGCGUGUUAAAAGGUCCGAAAAUAUUAUAUUAAGUCGGUCUGUAAGAGUCUUAGUUGGCAUGAUUGUAUAUAUAAGACAAGUAAAGCAGAUUUUUCCUAAA